AAAUCACAGAAGACCUAAAAGUUGAGAUCAAAAUCUCCCUCUCCAAUGGCGAUGCUCCUUCCUCACUCGUCUCUCUUAUCUCUUCAACCACCAUUAUCGUCUUCUUCGCACCUCCACUCUCGAGUUCUCGCUUCUCCUUCCCUAAUUCGAAAUGCAUCUUCUUCCUCCGUUACAUCGUCUAGUAUCUCCAAUUCGGUCCCGCAGGUGGUCGUAACCCGAGAACGAGGCAAGAACAAACAAAUCAUCAAAGCCUUGGAGAAACAUGGGAUAUCAUCUUUAGAGCUUCCCUUGAUACAACAUGCGCAAGGACCUGAUUUUCAUCGGCUUGCUUCUGUAUUAAGUGAUAAGAGCUUUGAUUGGAUCAUUAUAACAUCCCCAGAAGCAGGUUCUGUCUUUCUUGACGCAUGGAAGGCAGCUAGCUACCCAAAAGUGCAAAUAGGUGUAGUAGGAGCUGGAACAGCCAGGGUAUUUGAAGAGGCAAGACAGUCGACAGAAGGAUUGCUUAACGUUGCCUUUACGCCAUCAAAAGCAACUGGUAAAGUCUUGGCUUCGGAGCUCCCAGAGAAAGUUGGCAAAAGGUCCUCUGUCUUAUACCCGUCUUCUCUAAAAGCAGGCAAUGAUAUUGAGGAAGGGUUGUCCAAUCGUGGGUUUGAAGUUACCAGGCUGAAUACAUAUACAACAGUUCCUGUACAUAAUGUUGAUACGGUGCUCCUGAAAGAGGCACUGUCUGCUCCUGUUCUUUCUGUAGCUUCACCUUCAGCAAUUCGGGCCUGGCUGAAUCUGAUUCAAAAUGAUGAGCAAUGGAGUAAUCACGUUGCCUGUAUUGGAGAGACAACUGCUUCAGCUGCAAGACGACUAGGAUUGAAAAACGUGUACUACCCAGAGGCACCGGGACUUGAAGGGUGGGUCGAGAGCAUCAUGGAAGCUCUAGUUGCUCACAGAAAAAAUAAAAAUAAGUAACUCUUGUGAAUCACUCUUGUUUCACCUUCUCAUAGUGGAGGACUCUGAAUAGGGACAAUGUCUGUAAUUUAGAAGACAAGGUAAAAGAAACCACAUGAUGGUGUUGAUAAAAAACCUCGAGCCCUUUUAGAUAUCAUGUGUAGCUUACUAGCUUCUCUACCGACAAAGUAUAUAAUGAUUUGAAUACUAGCAACAUCAUAAGCUAUCUAAAAACAAUCGUAGUUGUGUUUUUUCAUUUGAAAUUGUUGUUCAUAUUUUUUUUUAAUAAAUACUACUUUACAAUA